AUUCGAAUGCAUUCAUCUGUGGCCACAAAACGGGUACGAAGUCCGUGCGCUCAGAAAAAAUUCUAGUAAGAAAAUGUCUCUGAAAAGAUGCCCAAAUUUUAGCUCUGCUGAGAUAACUGUGUUAACAGAUGAAGUGGAGAAAGGAAAAGACAUUCUAUUUUCCAGGCAAAAUUCAACAGUUUCCAAUUCUUUGAAGAAGGAAACAUGGAACAAAAUAGCCACCAAGGUAAAUGCUGUAAAUACUACAGAUCACAUCAGGUCCGGAGAAGAAAUGAAAAAGAAGUGGACCUGCUUAAGCAGCGAAAGCAGAAAGAAGUUGGCACUAAACAGGAGGGAGCAAAAAAAGACAGGGGGAGGAUCUUUGCCAUCAGGGGCCGCCUUCAGACCAAUAGAUGAGAAAAUAGAAGGUAUCAUCGGGGAAACCUCAAUUUCGGGAAUUGAGGGGGGCAUUGACGUUUUAGAGACAGAGUCGGCCAGGGAAACGUCACCAAGCAAGAGCACAGAUGCUGUAAAUGGUAGUGAGAUGUCUUACAAAGGUACGAGAGGAUACAUAAAACGCUCAAAGAAUUCUUGUAAUGAUGACAUAACAUUGAGACUAGUUGCAACAGAGGAAGAGAGGCUGGUUGUUGAGAAAAAAAGAUUAGAAAUGGAGGAAAAACGACUGAAAGUUGAAGAACGGCGACUUGAAAUUGCAGAGCAGCAACUACAAAUACAACGUGAACAACAUGCUCUUCACCUAUGUCAGCUGGGGAUAGUUCGUGACGCUACAGUAACAGUCAACACCCCCUCUGAAAAUAAAUAA